CUGAUGUCAAUUUUAUAUUUUAUUUUCGCCAACCUUAAUCUGCUGCUAAAAAUGCUUAUUCAUGGUUCACGUGCGUGCUGCGUUUUCUCUACCUUUUAACAAAAUGUAAAGGUAAAAGGGUAAGUGCGUAAACACUGUAACAAAUCCCCAGGCUGUGGAAUUAUUUUCAAGACCGCGUUUUUCUUCUUCAAUUUUACUUUUUUUCCUUCAAUUUUUGCUCUUGCUUAAAAAGAAUUAUUCACAAUCCGCGCGAAAUCCAACAAAUUAACGCAAAUGGAAAGACUUGUGCGGGACUGGGAGGAGCUCAAACGGCUCUCACUAAUGUCGGCGCACCAACUACACCAGCUACCCCUUUCCACACCAGGCCCUCUUCCCCUGCGGUCACUCCGAUGGCGGCUGCACCUGGACCUCCUACCAGCCGAGAGCUUUGGAGGCGACGAAUCCGAAACUUCGCGUAUCUGGAUAGCGGCAUCCAGAAAGGAGCGGCUAAACUACGAAAACCUCCGCAACCAGUUCCUCAUCGACCCAUCAACACUACAGGACACUUCGCAUCCGCUAUCGUUGGAGGAGGAUAGUCCAUGGGCGCGGUACCAUGCGGACCAGGAUUUGCGCACCACGAUCAUGCUGGACGUAUCAAGGACAUUUCCUGAAGACAAGUAUUUUCGGCAGACGCGUGUGCAGCGGUGUCUGGGGGAUGUGCUGUUUGUUUAUGCCAAGAUGCAUGCCGCCAUGGGGUAUCGCCAGGGCAUGCACGAGUUGCUGGCUCCUUUGCUUCUGGCUGUUGACGUCGACGCCGUCGACGCAGUUGGGGGAAACACGUUCUUUCUGGCCGAAGUUCUGGACAGGAGGUUUGUCGAGCACGAUGCGUUUGCGCUGUUUGACCGGCUAAUGCGGCUAUGCGCCCCAUGGUAUGCGGCAGCAGGGCCCUCGGCGCUGGUGUCGCGGUGCCGCCAGAUGUUCGAUAGGCUCAGCGCGGUCGAUUCGCAGCUGGCGGAGCAUAUUGGUGCGCUGGAUAUUGAGCCGCAGCUCUUUGGGCUGAGGUGGUUCAGGCUGCUGUAUGGGCGGGAGAUUGCCGGGCUCCAUUCGCUGCUGCUCCUGUGGGAUGCGCUGCUGGCGGAUGCCCAGGGGCCGUUGCAGCUGGUCGACUGGGUCGGCAUAGUCAUGCUGCUGGCGAACCGCCGCGAGCUCAUAGCGUCAGACUACGCGGACUGCCUGGCUACGCUGCUGCAUCUUCCGCCGCUGCCCAGGCCCGUGCCCGAGACGCUCGAGCGCACGCCGAUGCUGCCCAAUGCGCCGCUGGCGGCGGGAUUCCGGAAAGAAAUGGGCAGGGGCGCGCAGAGGUUGCCUCUUGCGGCGCUGGCGAUGCCCGAUAUGGCGCCUGUGCAGCGACUGGCGCUACAGGCAGCGUACCUGCGCAGCCGCCCGGUCGCCGAGUCUGCGCAGGCGGUUGCUGCGCAGUAUGCGCUGUGGGAGUCCGAGAGCUGGGCCGUGGUUGAGGGCGGCCACGAGGCGGCCGAGCCCGUUGUGGCGGUCAUUGACAGCGAGCUGCCGCAGCCGCAGCCGCAGCCAUCCACUUCGCCGCAGCCCAAGCCCAAAAGCCCGGCUUCCGGAUCCCGCUCGGCGCGGAAGACCUACACCAUCGGCACGCUCCAGCAGAGGCGCACCGCUGGCGGCAGCGGCGCGUCCACAGCGUACUCUCCGCCGGCAGCGGCUCCCAGCUUCGUUCUGUCGCCCGCCGAGGGGCUGCGCAGCCCCAACGAGGUUAUGUGCAGCCUGGGCUCGCUCACUGCGCAGAUCGCUUGCUUGGCAGCGCAGUGCGCCGACCUUUUGGCGCUGAGGCAUGAUGGGCGCGCAGUGAGGGGCGUGGCGGCUGGGCUGCUCACUUUGUCGAGGGUUUGGCAGGACGAGAUUGCGAGAUCGCCGGGGGCGCUGGAUGUCAGGCCGCAGGCGCUUUCGGACGCGGACUUGCGCGUGGUUCUGCGCGACCUUGACUCGUUGCACGCCGAGCUGACACAGCGGAUGUAGCGCGUGGGGCCGAGGCGCUGCCUGCCCUUUUCGUUUGAGCCACGUGCUCUGGGUUGAUCCGAUUUCCGGAACAAAAAGAACGAGCCUGUCAUGUGGUUGUGGAGACUAGCGGGGGGUUUUCCUCCUUCCGUCCGAUGAGUGCUGCUGCCUUUUUUCUUCUUCGUUCUCAGACUGGUGGCUUGUUAUGGCUGCUAGCAUUUGUUCUUCCGCUUUGCUCCUCACUCUUCUCGUCUUUUGCUUUCCAUUAUUAUUUCGUUAUUAUCGGUCAAAGCAUUUCUUGUACACUAUUAUUCCAAAUACGCCCUUGCACUUCUCACACCACAUAUUUCUUUCUUUCUUUCUUUCUUUCUUUCUUUC